AUGGCUCCAACGGUUCAACAAGUCGCCCAGAUAUUCGAGGAUGCUGCCGACAGCAACGAGCCUCAACAGAGAGGCCGCAGACUCAACCGCAACCGAGCACCAUCCGUCGGCGAUGUCUUGAGAGGGCGUCGAAAAGAGAAUCGCAGCCCUACUAAAUCGAACAUAGCCUCUCACCGUGAGCCUGUCAACGCCGCAAGUCCUCUGGGAGAACGACACAUCAAUAGUCCUCCCCAACCUAAGAUCAUUCCUACAAAGACCGACGACGUGGGCGUAUCCCCUCGACGACCUCUCCACAAGAAAACAGGGAGCUCAGUGUCCUUGAAAAGCCUGAUACGAGGAAAAGAGAAGAGCACCACGGAAUGUGGUAGUGUCUCACCAACAGAAGCAGAAGCAUCAGCAAUCGAGAAGAAACCCAAGAAGAUCAAAUCAACGGCCAACCUUUCUGAUCUGCUCAAGAGAAGGUCAAAGAAGGACCUCAGAGAGCAAGCAGACAGCCAAGAACACAAUACACUACCCUCACAAUCUGCCAUUGAGACCCCAAUCUGGGCUCAGUUCGCAACCCAACCAGUCGGUAGCCCAGACGGCACGAUGCUUUACCCGGGGUCGUCAAGAAGGACUGUGGAGGAGGAAAUCAGACUAUACACGCCCCGAGACUUCUCAGAGUUUCGACCGGCAGAGCAGAGAAACUUUUACGGCUACAGUCCAGCGACGCCUUCAUCUUUGGAUCACAAGCCACCAACCCGUCCUUUUCUGGAGCACAAAUCUAGCCGAAGUUCAAUCUUCACGGAAAAUCUUGAUGACGACGAGCCGCAGACCGAGUCGAAGACCCCCAAGAGUCGUGAUCCGAACACCAGUCGACCAAGUUCAUCCUCUGUCCCCGUGGACCGUCCCGCUCUUUCGACUCGCUCGUCAGAGUCGUCUCAGGCAGAUACGAAAGCGAAAAGGGGAUCCAGGGUGUUUGAGGUCAUUCAGAACUUUAAUUCCAAAGCUCGCCGUGGUGAGCGUAAAGCAGCUGGGACCGCACCGGGAAGCACACCACCGCUGAGUCCCCAGGAGAUCGACACUGCAUUUGAGAAGGUCUUGGACUCACUCAACAUACCACUGAACAUGCGCGACAACAUGCGCAGUUUGAAGCCGGACGUCAAAGCGGGCCUGAUGAAAAGUGAUAGAAUUGGCAGCAACUCCUCAACAGACACUACCAAUUCAGGAGCACCAGAAGCCCGAUCUCCUACUAAAAGUCCCACCAAGAAGGAGACUGAGCGACAAGGAAGCGAGGAAGAAGAUGGGAAAGAUGGCAAGAGAUCUCGAUCACGAUCUCGGCCCCGAAGUCGCAUUUUGACACUGUCGAAGCGUGACGACAGUUCCCCCACCAAGUUAGAAAAGCAAGGCUCGUCUUCCAGAUCUCGUAGCAAGAGCAGGAACAAAUCAGCCGACCUGACAAGCUCAAGACCUACGUCUGCACGUGCCAUGACAUCCACGACGUCGCUUGCCUCACUAAAUCCGGCAGACAGUGCUACGACUCCAGGGGAUUUUAUUCACUAUCUCCGGGAGGUUCAGAAGCCGGAACUGGUCGAGGUCAGCAAAUUGCACAAGCUUCGCAUCUUGCUGAGGAACGAAUCAAUCAGCUGGACGGAUCAUUUCGUGACAAAAGGCGGCAUGGAUGAACUUCUCAAGCUGUACUACCGCAUCUCCAAGAUCGAAUGGCGAGAGGAGCAUGAAGAUAACUUGCUUCACGAGACUUUGCUCUGCUUGAAAGGCUUGUGCACCACGUCUCUUGCACUUCGCCGACUCCAGGAAGUAGAACAUGAGUUUUUCCCAGCCAUAUUGAGCAUGCUGUUCGAUCCGGAACGGAAAGGACCUUCAGAGUUCAACACAAGAGGAGUGAUAACAUCGCUCCUGUUCGCUCAUUUGUCUGCUGCUGCUAUUGCAGGUGACCAGAAUCAAGUCAAACUACGGGCACAAACCGUGCUCGGAUUCCUCAAGGAUCCAACCCCGACAGAUGGAAAAGAGCCAUUGGACUUUGUGUCCCAGAUGCAUGUGCCCCGACCAUAUCGCGUUUGGUGCAAGGAAGUUGUUAACGUCACCAAAGAGGUCUUUUGGAUCUUCCUGCAUCAUCUCAACGUCGUCCCCGUUCUAGAGGCCGAUGAGACCAAUGGCUAUCUUCGUGCGCACUAUCCGGCCCCGAGGCCGCCGCACCCAGCAGCUCCGUAUGUCGGUGGGGUCGAGUGGGAAGCAACGCAGUAUCUUGCAAUCCACUUGGACCUACUGAAUGGUCUCAUUGCUGCUCUGCCGACGGCAGCCGAUCGCAAUGCACUGCGAGAGGACCUCAAGCAGUCUGGAUUCGAGAAGAUCAUGGGCGGAAGUCUGCGCACGUGCAAGGAGAAGUUUUAUGGUGCGGUUCAUGAAGGACUGAAAUGCUGGGUGUCGGCGGCAAAGGCAGAUGGCUGGCCCGUCGAAGACGUGCGGGCCGGAGCACCACGAGAGGCCGCGAGUCCCCGGAAGAGUCCUAUGAAGAAGAAGACAGAGGAACCGCCUCGACUUGCCCUAGAUGUCGGGGUCGGUCAGGUACAACUUGCGAAGGCUGACGACUGGAUAUGA